CCACACACGUUUCGUCCCUAGCCAGUCACAAAUCCCACCCAUCUUAGGAUACCAAGUCGGUUCUGGACUCUCAACCCUCUUAACGGCCCAUCAAAUUCCACCUAACGGUCCUUUUCUUCUAUCUCUGCUACUAGCUCCGGCGUCAUCAUCUUCGAUCUUCCCUGGGAUCCAUGUGUACCCCGAUUAACUUGAUUAGGCCUCCAGGAUUUCCACAGCUGACCCUGGUCGAAGAUUUCCUUGUCUAUGUGAGAAUGAACUUCCUGACCGAGCUGGGCUUUACUUAAUAGCUCGAUGGGGAGAUUGAGUUUCCAAUCCAGCCUGGCCCAUCUGCCGAUUUUCCAUGGCCUCAUCUCUUGCUGUGUUCGCUGCUAUCCCAACCCUUCGUGCGUCAUCGGCUACACACGUGGCAAGCGGCACAGGAGCGGGUGCCCACUCCGAAGACUUGAACCCUCAGCCGUACAGGACUUGCUCUGUGCGAACAUUCUGCGAAAGCGUGGUUAAGAGCCCUCGCGCCGCCGAUGCCAAUAUUAUGUCGAUUGAACGUUAUGGGGACCUUCAUGGCGUGUCACAUCG